GUCGACGACAAGGGCAAGACCACCACCUUGACCAAGGAGCAGGUCGUUCGAGGCAAGCGAUUGUUCAUCGCCUCCUGCGCCUCCUGCCACGUCGGCGGCGGUACCCGCACCAACCAGAACGUUGGCCUUGCCAUUGAGGAGCUUAGCGGUGCCACCCCAAACCGUGCCACUAUCGAGGGCCUGGUUGACUACCUGAACAACCCAACCACCUACGAUGGACUUAAGGACAUCUCAGAGGUUCACCCAUCCAUCAAGGGUGGCGACAUUUGGCCCAAGAUGCGUACCAUGAAGCAGCAGGAUGCGGAUUCGGAUGCGCUUCGCGUGGCGGGGCGCGUGAAGCCAUGA